GCGGAGCCGCGCGUCCGGGAGACGAGCGGAAGUGGGUGUGAGGCCGGAAGUGGCCGGCUAGAGCCGGGGGCUGGGCGGGGACCAGGCUUGUCGGUGAGGCGGCAGUGGCGGCGGCGGCGGCUCGGCAGGAGGGUUCAGGCUUCGGGGGCCAGCCGCCGCCAUGAUCCUGUUGGAGGUGAACAACCGCAUCAUCGAGGAGACGCUCGCGCUCAAGUUCGAGAACGCGGCUGCUGGAAACAAACCGGAAGCAGUAGAAGUGACAUUUGCAGAUUUUGAUGGGGUCCUCUAUCAUAUUUCAAAUCCUAAUGGAGACAAAACAAAAGUGAUGGUCAGUAUUUCUCUGAAAUUCUACAAGGAACUUCAGGCACAUGGUGCUGAUGAGCUGUUAAAGAGGGUGUACGGAAGUUUCUUGGUGAAUCCAGAAUCAGGAUACAAUGUCUCUUUGCUAUAUGACCUUGAAAAUCUGCCUGCAUCCAAGGAUUCCAUCGUGCAUCAGGCUGGCAUGUUGAAGCGAAAUUGUUUUGCAUCUGUCUUUGAGAAGUACUUCCAAUUCCAAGAAGAGGGCAAGGAAGGAGAGAACAGGGCAGUUAUCCACUAUAGGGAUGAUGAAACCAUGUAUGUUGAAUCUAAAAAGGACAGAGUCACGGUUGUCUUCAGCACGGUGUUUAAAGAUGAUGAUGACGUGGUCAUUGGGAAGGUGUUCAUGCAGGAGUUCAAAGAAGGGCGCAGAGCCAGCCACACAGCCCCCCAGGUUCUCUUCAGCCACAGGGAGCCUCCUCUUGAGCUAAAAGACACAGAUGCCGCUGUGGGUGACAACAUUGGCUACAUCACCUUUGUACUGUUCCCCCGCCACACCAAUGCCAGUGCCCGAGACAACACCAUCAACCUGAUCCACACGUUCCGGGACUACCUGCACUACCACAUCAAGUGCUCCAAGGCCUAUAUCCACACACGUAUGCGGGCAAAAACAUCUGACUUCCUCAAGGUGCUGAACCGUGCACGCCCAGAUGCCGAGAAAAAAGAAAUGAAAACAAUCACGGGGAAGACGUUUUCAUCCCGCUAACUCUUGGGAAUGGGGGAAGAAGUGCUGGCGACUGAAGGCUGGACCGCUUGCUGCCAGAUAAUCGUGGCCCUUCAUGUUGCACCUCUCCAGGUUCUAAGGGAUUCUCCAUUUGGGUUCCAUUUUGUACGCAUUUGGAAAAUAAUCUGCAGAAACGAGCUGUGCUUGCAAGGACUUCAUAGUUCCCAAGAAUU